AUGUCAGUGCUGGCGGUGCUGCUGGUGCUUGCGGCAUGCGCGCUGAACACAGCCGCUGUGCAUCACAGGACGAAAAGGGUGCAUGACCCAAAGGGCUACGUCUACCACUUGCACUCCAUCACGCACCCGUACAUGACCAACGGCAUGACCAUCCCCAACUGGGACUUCUAUGGCUCCACCGUCGUCACCGACGACUACAUCCGCCUCACGCCCGACCGCCAGUCUCGCCGCGGCAGCCUUUGGAACACUGUCCCUUUCAACCCGCCCGGCGACGAGGAGUACCCUGGCUUUGAGAUUAACCUCCAGUUCCGAGUCCACGGCCAAGGCACGCGUCUGUUUGGCGAUGGCAUGGCUGUCUGGUACACGAAGGACCGCGCACUCGAGGGCCCCGUCUUUGGCAACCAGGACAAGUUCAUCGGCAUGGGCGUCUUCUUUGACACGUACAGCAAUUUGCACCAGGGCCACUCCCAGUAUAUCUCCGUCAUGUUUGGCGACGGCAUGCUCUCGUAUGAUCAUGAUAGUGACGGCGGCGCUUCCCGCGUUGCAGGGUGCCCGAUUCGGUUCCGCUCGACAGCGGAUGACGACCACCCCGUGUAUGCACGCAUCGUGUACCAGAACAACCUCCUCCGCGUCUACAUCGACGCCGACGACGACGGUGGGUGGCCCGAGUGCUUCAUUGUGCGUCGCGUGUAUCUGCCGCGCAACUACUACUUUGGUCUGACGGCGGCAACGGGCGAUCUUGCCGACAACCAUGACGUCAUCUCCAUGAAAGUUUCUGAACCAUCCGGGAUGUCGCAGGCGGAACGCGAAGAAGUCAAACGCCGCAUUGAGGAGGACAUGAAGCGCGAGGCGGAGAGCGGCGGAUCAAAGGUGCCCGUCGACCCCCAAUAUGGCGACGAGGUGACCAAGGGCAAUGCUGGCGACAAUGACGACUCAAACACGCUCACCAUCGCCGCCGUCAUCAUCGUGCUGGUCAUUGUUGCCGUGGCUGGCUACUUUGUCUUUGUCAAGACGAAGAAGGACACCCGCAAGUUUGAUUUCUAA